CCCAGGAGAGGAGACGCACACCUGCUGCGUCCGCACACACCAGCUAUAAAAAUAAAGCAUCUGGUUCGUUUAACUUUAUUCGAUUCGACCCGUCGUAGGUCAUAACCGAAAAGAGCUAGGACAGGUAGACGGGAAGUGAAGAAUGGCUCAGGUGUGUUUCACUGCCUCCAUCGUCGGUUUUCUCUGUUGUCUGUCGGUUCUAAACGCGUGUAAGUGGGACCCGGACACGGAGCUCGAGCAGGGUCUGGAUAUCAGCUCGUUUGAUAACGGCGCGGCUUACCUGGCUGACCUGCCGGAGAUCUCGGACGCAGAGCAGUGUCAGAAUGCUUGCUGUGAGAGGGACGACUGCCAGCUCGCUGUGAUCGGGACUCCGGCGGACGGCAGACCAGAAUGCCGCUUGGUCAGCUGCAUGAAAGACGGCAAAGACGUGUGUGUUUUGACCCAGAGCACACAGUUUAAGGUGUACCGCAAGAUCCUGGAUAGCGCUGAUCAAAAAACUCAAAACGCGGCGGAAGUUCGCUCUGUGAACACCACAGAUCACUGCCGUCUCCCAAGUGUGGUGGGAAAUUGCCGCGCAGCCUUCCCGCGAUUUUAUUAUGAUGUCAUCAAUCAGACAUGCAAGCAGUUCGUCUAUGGCGGCUGUGGGGGCAACGAUAACAACUUUAACUCCCAGGAGGAAUGUGAGUCUUCCUGUAGUGGGGUGACAGGUGCUGUGCUCGCGGACUCUCAUUCCAUCACUCAACGCAGCAGAAUGUCCGUACCUGAAAACAACAUUGACGUUGAACCUCUUCCUGAAAUGACAUUAGAUGAAUUCCAAGAGAAGUGUCUGGCUCCCGCACAGACCGGACUCUGCAAAGCCUCCAUUAGACGCUAUUACUACAACAAUGGCACCUGUCAGCUAUUCAUCUAUGGAGGUUGUGGUGGCAACCAGAACAAUUAUAAGACUGAGGAAUCAUGCAUGACAUCCUGCACAGUGAGGGUCAUUCCCAGCAACAAGAAGGAACCUGUCGUUCCCACUUCUCCUUACAGCAUCCGCAGCUUUGAAGAAACAUGUGCCAUGCCAUCCGACUCUGGCCCGUGCCGUGCAGCCUUCCCAGUGUUUUACUUUGAGCCCAACACUCAGUCUUGUAAGCCCUUCAUCUAUGGAGGCUGCCAGGGAAACCUAAACCGCUACAGCAGUGAGGAAGAGUGCAUGGCAGCUUGCUCCGGGAAAGAUGGUUACAAACGUAACCGCUGGACUCCAGCCUUCUUCCUAGUGGCCACCCUGGCCAUCAUGUCUGCCCUACUUCUGGUAGGUUUGAUCCUGAUCGCAAUGCGCAGAAACGCCCACUGGAGGUCCUUCAUACUGGAUGAUAAGGAGGAGUUACUGCCUGCAGAGGAGCAGGUGUCCUAUGAGAAGCAGCUGCCCAAAGUAGAAUCAAGCUAAAGCCAGAGGCCUUUCAGUGUCUGGUAUGAACAUCCAUCUCAUGGCACUCCCAACAUUCAGCUGAAUUAAAACUACUAAAUUACAUGAAACUUCCAAUUUGACUGUAUACAUUUUGGUAGAGGUUCCAAAUGAGCAUACGUAGAACAUUAUACAUUAUGCACGUUUUGCAAACGCGUACAUUAGUCACACAUAUGACAUGUGAAAUUAAUUAAGAAUACAGUUUGUUUCAUUGUUUAAAAGAGAUAUUCAACACUAUUUUUAACUGUGGGAUAUGUUGCACUAAAAAUUGGUAAGUUGGUUGAAAUACUUCUGUUACCUUCUUUGACAUCUGUCACUUUUUAUGGUUAGAAUCCUACAUAGUAGAAGUAAAUCAGCUUUCAGGGAUGUAUUUAUUGCCACAACUAUAGUGACAAAGCAUGUAAUGAAUAAUGAAGUGGUUUCCCAUAAGUUUUUUCUUACUUCACGUAAAUGUAUAUGUAUGUAUGCAUUUAUACAUAAGAAUAAUUGAUUGAGGAGAUUGAUGAGUUGAAAUGAAUUUUUAUGUGUUUAUAACACACAUGGCACAUUUUUAUUGAGAAUGAUCCUAUGUAAGUCAUUAAACCUUUGCUACAGUCCAUAGCCUUGUUCUUUGAUUGGAAGCAUAUAUAAAAAUUCAGUAGAUAUGAGAAAAUAAAAAUGCAUACAUGAGAAAAUACAAUGAUACCAUAAUAGAAAAUGUUAUAUAUAUAUAUAUAUAUAAACAAUAUAUAUCCUGUAGUAGCAACUGCAGACUUUUGUUGACUAAUUUGCCCACUAAUGAAUGGCCUGUAUGUGACAGAUGACUU